UGCACCUUCUCGUCCAUUUACGCUCUCUGGAUUAAUCACAUAAAUAUUGAAGCGCGCGUGUGAAUUUACUACAAUGGCAGACGGUAGAUCACGAUUGUCGGGACACCAGAAUAAAAAACGAAGACUUGAAAAAGGCGCAGAACGACAAAAGCAAGCAGGAGCAUUAGAGUCCUUUUUGAAGAAAGUUGAGCUAAACAAACCAUCAUCACCCAUAUCAGAAACCGGCGCUAUAGUUGAGAUUCCGCUUAAACCUCGAGAAGAACAUACGUCCGAUUCCAAUAUAAUCUGUGAACUGAUGCUUCUACUUCUACGUCAAGCGCUAUUACAGGUGAAAGUGCUUUUACAGGUGAAGGGGCUAUUGCAGGUGAAACUGCUAUUGUAGGUGAAGGUGCUAUUGCAAGUCCAAGUGUUUCUACAGAAUCAACAUCUAUUUUAGAUGUCGACCCAGCCACAUGGCCCAAUAGAUUAACAGACACAGAAAUAAUAUAUUUGGUAAAUAGAGGUUCUCCAGAUCCACUGUAUAAUUUUAAUUUUCCCAAGAUAUCAAUGGUCGGAGGUUUACUUCGU